AUGUCGGCUGGUACCAUUCUUAGCCCAUCAUUCAUAGCCGCAACCGCAACCACGACACCGACUGAUAACCACGAUGCGCCAACUCCUGGCUUAACCCGCGCCGCAACUCUACCUAUCGAGUUACACGCGACCCGCUCCGCUCGCUCACAUCUUGCCCCCGAAGAUGCUUUCAACACAGCCUCGCCAUCUCGCCGCCAAUCUGGCUUUGAGCCUAGUAUCAAUGAUAUACGUGCCGAGUCACGGUCGCGCAAGAUAAACUCCAAGCUCGGGAGUAGAAGCAGGAGUAGGCGACGGAGACGGACUUGGAAGAAGUUGCUCUGGGUAAAGCAGUCUUAUCCCGAUAAUUACACGGACCAAGCUACUUUCUUGGAGAACCUACAGCGCAACCCGCGCCUUCAGCCCUACGAAUUUUGGCCGCUCGUCGCCGAUUCUACCGUUAUCCUCCAGCAGGUCUGCUCCGUAAUUGUAUUCGUCGUCUGUUUUGUGGGAAUAUUUCAAGAGCGUGUUUCGCCUGUUGCCGUCGUAGGCUGGGGAAGUUUCGCCACGUUCGUCGGGUGGCUACUAUGGGACUGGUGGGUAGGACAGGAAGAUGAGGAUGAGGUUCUCCAGCGGCGGCAUAGUAACCGGAGCCGCUCAGCGAGGGAGCUCAGCAGGAGAGGCCGCCUGGCGGCCACCGGCGGUGCUACACCACCACCUGCCGCCAGUUCGGUGACCAAUUUAGCAGCAGCAGAACGAUCAUGUUCUCAAGGAAAUUCAGUGGCAAUGCGACAAUCUCACUCCGCUUCCGCCACAUCUCUUCAAUCUAACAUUUCACGCGCCAGUGACGUGGGUCAGAGGUUAUCCGAGUCCACGGAUGCCCCAAGUCAUCGUCCCUCUUCUCCUCUUCGUAACGGGAGAGCCAACCUCCGCCUUAGUACCAUAAAAUCUGCUGUUCUCAUAUAUUUCACCCUCCUCGGAUUAUCCCCUAUCUUAAAAUCCCUAACUCGGUCCACCUCAUCCGACAGUAUCUGGGCCAUGUCCUUCUGGCUACUAAUAAUUAAUAUCUUCUUUUACGAUUACUCAUCCGGGCCGGUCAAAUUUCCGGCCUCUCUCUCGACGAAUGCGGCCCUGAUGGCAUCCACGGUGCUCGCCUCCCGCCUCCCCUCUACUGGACAGGUUUUUAGUUUGACCCUUUUCAGCAUUGAGGUUUUUGGUCUGUUCCCCGUGUUCAGACGUUUUGCAAGACACAGGAGUUGGAGAUACCACGUCGCAAUUUCUGUGCUGCUCGUUGUUGGCGCCGGAGGUGGGGUUGGAUUAAUCCUGAGCGGAGAGACGGACGGCGUGUGGCCAUGGAGAAGUGGGCUUCUGGGUGUUCUGGUAGCCGUCGUUACCGCUAUGAUCACUAUGGGAGGAUGUAGCUGGUGGCUUAUUGGACUGCAGAAGUACAAGAAUGCAAUCAAUGGGCCUUGGGAUCAGGCUAGACCAAUCAUCAUAAGCCGGCGGCUCUGGGAUGAUGAAUAG